CCCUUCGUUUUUCUGCAGGGCCGUGACAGGCACGCCUUGACAUUGGGCAGCUUGCUUUGCUGCUAGGCGCUAGCAGCUACCUGUCCUCCUCCUCCUCUUCCGUCUUCUCCACCAAACCCCCCCUCCAAGAUCAAGAAGAGAGCCGGAACCUACUUAUAUAUAUAAUAGCUUGUGAGAGGGUCGAUCGGCGAUCACGGGAUCCAUGGGGCUGCGGGCUUGUGCCAUGGAAGGCGGUGAUGCCGUGGGGUCGCCGUUCUUCCAGUGGCUCAAGCCGCCGCGGCGGUCCUCGUCGCCGUCGUCGUGGUCGUCGUCGUCUGACUCGUCGCCGUCGGCCUCGAUGGCGGCGGCGUCCGGGCAGCAAGUGGCGGUGCUCGGAGAAGAGGGGCGAACUGGUGGAGGAGCGGAGGAAGCGAGCAGCGUGACGUGCCUGCCGCUGCUCAGCAAGCUCGGGGAGGGGAAAGGAGGGGCCGAUGAUCAUCACGAGCAGUGCCCGGUCAAAGAAGAGAUCGCCAUGAGCGGGGCGAGCACCGAUCUGGCGCAGUCGGGGGUGGAUUUGAAUAUUGGGUUGCCGGUGGGUGGAUCCGGCAUUGAGGAUGUCGUCAUGGAAGACAAGGACGACGACGAGGAGGAGGAAGGCAACGAAGUGGAGGAGGAAGAUGAUGAGGACGAGGGUGAGGAGUGGAAGCAUGUGCAUGGCGGCUGCAAGGUGGAGGGGACGGCCGAUCAGCAGCAGCAUGAGCACGGCGAGUUAGCGGCGUCGGUGGUGGAAGGAUCUAACAACAACGGCUUGGGGGAAUUCGGCGUGGUGGGCGCGGAGAACGGCCUGCCGAUCGGCUGCCGGUACUGGAUCCCGACGCCGGCGCAGAUCCUGGUCGGCCCCGUGCAGUUUAUCUGCCACGUCUGCAACAAGACCUUCAACCGAUAUAACAACAUGCAGAUGCACAUGUGGGGCCACGGGCGCGAGUACCGGAAGGGCCCGGAGUCGCUCAAGGGCACGCAGACGCUGGCGAUGCUGAAGCUGCCGUGCUACUGCUGCGCGCCGGGGUGCAAGAACAACGUGGGGCACCCGCGGGCGCGGCCGCUCAAGGACUUCCGCACCCUGCAGACGCACUACAAGCGCAAGCACGGCGCCAAGCCCUUCCGCUGCCGCCGCUGCGCCAAGCCCUUCGCCGUCAAGGGCGACUGGCGCACGCACGAGAAGAACUGCGGCAAGCGAUGGUUCUGCGCCUGCGGGUCCGACUUCAAGCACAAGCGCUCCCUCAACGACCACGCCCGCUCGUUCGGCGCCCACCACCGCCCCGUCGACGACCCCGCCGCCGCCGCCGUCGCCGGUGAGGUCCGACGCUUCCACCAUAUAUAGUACUACUACUUGUCGGUGAGAUGUGAUCGAUCGACGAUCAUCUGCAUGUGCUGCGUGCAUGCGUGCGAAUGAACCAUGCAACCGAUCCAACGAUGAUGCUACUAGGAUCAAGGUAACUGAGAACUAGCAGUACGUAGCCAGAUAUUUCCUUGGAUACAUCAGCACCAACAAUGCUGAUGAUGUAUCCAGGGAAAAUAUUUAUAGCGAGAUGCAUGAUAGAUCAACAAUAAGGUGUCUAGCUGCUUGCACCAAAUUAAGCUGUGAAGUAGCUGAAUUUUCUUCUGCCGGAACCUUGCUGCAGGCUGCGUUACCCGCUGUCCAUGUAACCUCUUGUACUGUAGAAAAUUUCCCGGCUUCACAGGCUAAUUAGAUGUCGUAGUCCGGAAUCUACUGGUAUACAAUUCCAUGAGACGUGCGUAUUGAGGCAUGGUCAAUUGUUAACUGGCAUAUAUUGAUCAACCGGUUACUAUCUUCGACGAUGUUUGUUCUUACUAUUUUCAGUAA